UUUGAGACAUCAAUCGCGUCGUAUUUUACUACGUGCUCUUGCGCCUUCCUUCUUCCUGGUGACAAAAGUAUGGUCGCGACUAGGAACAGGGGGCACUUGUGCAGUCCUGGCGCAUCAGUGGUGGAGAACUUGGCGGAGAUCGGUGUCUAGCCAUAUAAAAGCAAAGACCUUGAGAACGCGCCCUCAAGUGUGCCCCCUUCGAACAGUCGACAAUGAAGCCGCUGAUCUGUACAGCUGUGGUUUGCGCAUUAUUUGGCACAGUCUUUACUGGAGGAUUCGGGCCUGAUUGCGGCUAUGGGCCAGGGUUCGGCGUAGGGUAUGGUGGUUUUGGGUUUGGUCCCGGAGGUGGCAAUGCACUGGGAUUCGGAGGAGGCUACGGAGGAGGCUACGGGGAAGGUUAUGGAGGUGGUUAUGGAGGAGGUUUCGGAGGAGGCUUUGGGGGAGGCUUCGGAGGAGGCUGCGGUGGAGGCUUUGGGCCAGUAGUGGCCAGUGGACUUUUGGGAGGUUUCGGAGGUGGCUUUGGAGGUGGCUUUGGCGGUGGGCUUGGAUUUCCUGCGGGAGAAACAUACUUUGGGGGACCCGGCACGUUCGGCUACGUGAAGACUCUGACCGGUCCGGCAUAUCUUGUACGAAGAGAAAAUAAAGUGAAGAAGAUCCAUCCAGGCAUCCCAAUUGCCGCUCACACAGGAAUCGGUUCUGGACCCGGUUUGCUGAAAGUAUGACCGCUGGCGGGUAUUCACCGACAGCAAGGAAAAAAUGAUGGGUUCCUCUGCACACCUGUUUUCUGGCGCUGACUGGUUCUGAAUGUUUAGCUGGGACCGCUGUGGCAAAUAGUGAAACAAAUUGUGAAACUGUGAUUAUUUAUUAGUUGUUUGCAAUAAAGAUAUUUUGUCGGUA